AUGGUUGGCACUGUUCCAGGUGGAGGUGGAACAGUAACUAUGGUUGGCACUGUUCCAGGUAGAGGUGGAACAGUAACUAUGGUUGGCACUGUUCCAGGUGGAGGUGGAACAGUAACUAUCGUUGGCACUGUUCCAGGUGGAGGUGAAACAGUAACUAUGGUUGGCACUGUUCCAGGUGGAGGUGGAACAGUAACUAUGGUUGGCACUGUUCCAGGUGGAGGUGGAACAGUCACCAUUAUGGUGGUCACUGGUCCAGGUGGAGGUGGAACAGUCACCAUUGUGGUAGUCACUGUUCCAGGUGGAGAAGGAACAGUCACCAUUGUGGUGGUCACUGUUCCAGGUGGAGGUGGAACAGUCACCAUUGUGGUAGUCACUGUUCCAGGUGGAGAAGGAACAGUCACCAUUGUGGUGGUCACUGUUCCAGGUGGAGGUGGAACAGUCACCAUUGUGGUAGUCACUGUUCCAGGUGGAGAAGGAACAGUCACCAUUGUGGUGGUCACCGUUCAUGGUGGAGGUGGAACAGUCACCAUUGUGGUAGUCACUGUUCCAGGUGGAGGGGGAACAGUCACCAUUGUGGUAGUCACUGUUCCAGGUGGAGGGGGAACAGUCACCAUUGUGGUAGUCACUCUUCCAGGUGGAGGAGGAACAGUCACCAUUGUGGUAGUCACUCUUCCAGGUGGAGGAGGAACAGUCACCAUUGUGGUAGUCACUGUUCCAAGUGGAGGAGGAACAGUCACCAUUGUGGUAGUCACUGUUCCAGGUUUGGUCGAAGAAUUCUCUGAUAUAGAGUCAGAUAUUGAGGAGAAAGUACCACAAAGUGAUUUCAGUAGUGACAUUUUUUAUAGAGAGACAGCAGAUGAUGAUGUUUCUACGAGUAAGGAGAGUGAGGAUUCUGAGGAGAGCGAGGCACUCUCACAGCCUCCAACUCGAAAGCGUGCUGCAUGUACUCAACAAACAGAUUCUGAAUGCUUCCACGAACGCAAUGGGUAUAUGGGAAGAAGUAACUGUAAAGGAAAUGGCAAGAUAUUUGGAUCUGUGGAUGUUGAUGGGCGUUUCAAAGCUCCCAAUGAUGAGAAUAAAGAAUUGAGUUUUGAUGAAGGCACAAUGUCAUUGCGUGGCCGAUUAUAUUUCAAGGUUUAUAAUCCAAAUGAGCCUGAUAAGUAUGGAGUAAAACUGUACAUGCUUGCUGAAUCAACAUCUGGCUACAAAUAUGACUCUGAAGUGUAUGCCGCUUCUGAGGAAGCAGCCAGCCUCCCUACUCCAACAACUUGUGAGGAAGCAGCCAGCCUCCCUACUCCAACAGCUUGUGAGGAAGCAGCCAGCCUCCCUACUCCAACAACUUGUGAGGAAGCAGUCAGCCUCCCUACUCCAACAGCUUGUGAGGAAGCAGUCAGCCUCCCUUCUCCAACAACUUGUGAGGAAGCAGCCAGCCUCCCUACUCCAACAACUUGUGAGGAAGCAGUCAGCCUCCCUACUCCAACAGCUUGUGAGGAAGCAGUCAGCCUCCCUACUCCAACAACUUGUGAGGAAGCAGUCAGCCUCCCUACUCCAACAGCUUGUGAGGAAGCAGCCAGCCUCCCUUCUCCAACAACUUGUGAGGAAGCAGUCAGCCUCCCUACUCCAACAACUUGUGAGGAAGCAGUCAGCCUCCCUACUCCAACAGCUUGUGAGGAAGCAGUCAGCCUCCCUACUCCAACAACUUGUGAGGAAGCAGUCAGCCUCCCUACUCCAACAGCUUGUGAGGAAGCAGUCAGCCUCCCUACUCCAACAACUUGUGAGGAAGCAGUCAGCCUCCCUACUCCAACAACUUGUGAGGAAGCAGUCAGCCUCCCUAAUCCAACAGCUUCUUCUGAGGAAGCAGCCAGCCUCCCUACUCCAACAACUUGUGAGGAAGCAGCCAGCCUCCCUACUCCAACAGCUUGUGAGGAAGCAGCCAGCCUCCCUACUCCAACAACUUGUGAGGAAGCAGUCAGCCUCCCUACUCCAACAGCUUGUGAGGAAGCAGUCAGCCUCCCUUCUCCAACAACUUGUGAGGAAGCAGCCAGCCUCCCUACUCCAACAACUUGUGAGGAAGCAGUCAGCCUCCCUACUCCAACAGCUUGUGAGGAAGCAGCCAGCCUCCCUACUCCAACAACUUGUGAGGAAGUACCCAGCCUCCCUACUCCAACAACUUGUGAGGAAGCAUACACUGGUUUUGACUUUGGGACGCCUUGGCUGGUGUGUACUAGCGAGGAUGAUAGCGGAGAGCUGGGAGACUUAACGGUGUGA